CUAUUUUCUUCCUCCAUACCUACAAAAAUAUACCUACCAUAUUGCUUCCCACAAAACCAACCCAAUGUCCCUCCCUCCCAACUUCUGCUUCCCCGUCCCCGACCUCUCCAGCGACAAGGUCAAACUGACUCCAUUCGACAUAACCAAACACUCCGCCCCCCUGAUCGCCUCCACGGCCCCCCACCCCUCACUCUUCAACUACCUAUCCUGGGACCCCUUCCCCACCGCCGACGCCUUCAACACCCACUUCUUCGACGCCUACAUGACCCCAUCCGACGAUCGCACCUGUUUCGCGGUCCUCGACAAGACAGCCUCGCCCUCGUCCCCAUCCACAGACCCACAAAAUGAAGACUAUGCCUUGGCAGGAAUGAUCACCCUAAUGAACGCCUCGCCCGUCCACCGCUCCGCUGAAAUCGGCUGGGUCCUCACCCUGCCAAACUACCAGCGCACGCACGUCACGACCCACGCCAUCGGGCUGCUGCUGCGCUAUGCGCUGGAGAGUCCGGCGCAGGGGGGUCUGGGGCUGCGGCGCGUGCAGUGGAUUGCGCAUAGUGAGAAUGAGGCGUCGGUGCGGGCGGCGAAGAGGAUGGGGUUGAGGGUUGAGGGCGUGUUGAGGUGGCAUCGCGUGAUUGUGGGGGCGGAGGAGAGGGGGAAGGUUGGCGGGAGGGAGGUUGGUGGGGAUGGGUAUGGGAGGGUGGAGGAUCGGGGGAGGGAUUCGGUGGUGCUGAGCGUUUGUUGGGAUGAUUGGAUAGAGGAGGUGGAUGAAGCGGUUGGUGGUGGAUUGUUCAUUACCUAGGUUUCUUUCUGGUUUAUUUGGAAGUUAGAAUAAUCUAGGGU